ACACUCUCUUCGACCAAUCAUUUGGGUGCGACCGUUUGAAUAAAGAGCGGGCAAUUGCUACUUGACGAUGACGAAAUUAACAGAAUGAUCACAAUAAUUACAAAUAUGGAAACCCUUUUCAUGUCAUUUGGUCCAUAGUUGUCUUUAGUUGUUUGACAGUUUCUACUUUAGCCGAGGUCACGGUUUGCGAAGCGGAUACCGUCGCUGCGGGCCAAUAGGUGUAACGACUUUGUUUACUUUUAUCUUUAUUAUUUCUUUGUACCGUUAAAUCCGUAAUGUCCACGGUGUAUUUACAAGAAAUACCCAAGCCGUUAUAUUUGAAGACUUAUGGGAAGCAAAAGCGAAAGAUGACGCCCUGGCUAUCACCGGAGGACCAUAAGCGGGCCUUCGACACCACCGAGUCUGCAGACGGGGACGACUCUGUAUUUGAACCCGCUAAACCCACCAGAAUCAGACAGAAGAAAUCUAAUUCCAAAGGAAAGGCAGCCCGCCCUACAAGGAGGAAAACAAAAGAGAAUAUCACUCAGGAGAUGUUCAGCAUUCCCGCCCCUUCUUUUCAUCAGCCUGCUCCACAGGGCAAGAUCACCAGAAGAAGAAAACCUGCCUCUGUGGCAGCCAUCACAGUGAAAAAGAAAGGGCUGCAUCUAUCCAUUACCAGUGAGAGUGAAGAUGACAUGUUGUUUUCGACAAAACGCCAUCCAAAUCCACUUCAGGUCAAUACUACUUCAAAUAUUCCUCAUCGUUUAGGCCGUUUUGUGACCUGCCGCCAGCGUUCGGUUGCUACCAAACCCAAACUCUCAAAAGCAAUUGUGCUUGACUCUCUGAAAGACUUUACUUCUGGGGAGGAUAGUCUAAUCAUCCGCUCUCCGAAGAGAAAAAGGCUGGUUUCAAGCACAGAGAGUUCCAACAGCAGCUUCGCUAUAAACCCCUUGCAAGAGAUUCUCCUCAAUGAGUCGGCAAAUCACAGUGUUGGGCCUGAGACCAUGAAGCCCAUCUUUAGCUCUACGCCCUCUGCCUGUCCGACCAGCAAACUGCUCAAUUUGGUAUCCGACACAAUCAUGGAUCAGUCCCUCAAUCCCUCAUCCUUAUCUGUCAGCCGCAUAGGUGUAAGCACAUUCCCAGAAGACCUGCACUCACCUAGGCAGCCAUGUUCUGCUCCACCCUUUGAGAAGAUGAAGCAACAGAUGAAUCAAGCAGAUGACCUUUCACACCCAGAGACUGUGAACAAGACUGACGGACGCUCCAAGACAAAAGCGCUAUUAGGAAGCAUACAUCUGACUUCAGACAGAGAAAGUAGCAGCUGCUUUGUGUCGGCAUUGAACAACUUGGUGUCACCCACUGAAGCUGUAAAGCAAAAGUGUUUGACCCAGCACUGCACUGUGAGUGUGAAGAGGUUAGACCACCUCACCGUAGAGCAACUUAGCAGGCAGGUUGUCCUCCCCUCCUGCUUGGAUUCUGUUGGUUCCACUCUUAAAAGACAAACACCCGAGCGGCAACCAGUUGGCGCAGACCUGCGGUCAUCCUCGCAAUCUUCUUUUGAUGCCAGUUUGUUUGCAGGAAGUAGCGACCAGCCAUCCACAAGCAACAACCCCGAGUCAGAACUGUCAUAUAGUCCUGUCAACCUAUCACUGUCACCCUUGUUGCUUUCAACAGAUGGUGAAUUCAUGGCGGAGUCUGCAUUAGUGGGCAAUGUUGAAUCUACUCGGUCUACCAGCAGCAGCUUUGACAAAUUCACUUGUGCACAGUUGACAGCCAGCAGUCCUCUACAAAGGUCAACAGAAGAGCAGGGUGCAGAAAGUGUGUUUCUGGGAAACAAAGGCAACGAUUGUGUUCAAAUGUUGGAUUCAUCCCAGUUUGAAACGGCACUGGUCCACAGAAAGACAUCUACAGGACGACUAAGAAAUGACAAAGACACAGUGGACAUACAAUCACAGAGCGUUGAGAUGGCGUUGAUCCAAAAGUGUCGAACUGACAACCUGGCAGUAAGGAUCCAGAGGCAGACUUUAGCACAAUUGAAAGACCUGCAAUGUGAAGUCCCGAAGCGUAAGUCACUCACAAAUCCUUCAGUCCUAAUGAAGAAAGACUCUGAUUCCAAUAAAAAAGUGUCAUCAAGAUCUAGCAACAUUGUAGCAUCGGACGAAACGGUCUCCAAAAACCUCAGAAAAGAUUUCAAUGUACUCGCCAAAAAGAAGAAAAAGAGGAAGAGCCCCUUAACUGGCCGGCCGGGUACGACCCGAAAGGCGUGUGUCAGCGGUCUUAGCGUGAGUCGAUGGAAGAACGACAGUAGGGUCCAAACGCCGCACAAGUUCAAGAGGAGGGGUGCACAGAGGGCCGCCGACUGCACUAUCAACGAUCUGGUGUCUGCGCAACCCAAAGAUCUACAGGAACUUCUCAGGCAUCCAAGUAAUUUCUCAACCCCGGUGAGAACAUGUUCACUCAACCUCUCGUCGCUGCUGACAGACUUCACACCGCACACACAAUAUUGGAAUCGUCUCAAAUCAGCGCUUUCCAUUCACCGCAAAGUGCUCCUCACGCCGCAGUCUUGCAAAAGGCCUGUGCCGGCAGACAUCAGCCAGCUCAUGUACGACGCAGACAUGUCUGAUGCAGAGAAAGUGUAUGCGGAGUGCGGCCAGCACGGCCCGCUGCCUUGGAAGGAAUGCAUUUCCCCUCAACGCAUGAAACAGUGUGUCAAGAUUGGGGAGGGUACAUUCGGUGAGGUCUUCUCCACCAGCAACGCCUCAGGAGACAAGGUUGCGCUCAAAGUCAUUCCAGUGGAGGGCAAUGAGAAGGUGAAUGGAGAAGACCAGAAGACAUUAGGGGAGAUUCUCCAUGAGAUUAUCAUCUCCAAGGAGCUGAGCAGCCUGAAGGGCCAACAGCAGAAUCAGACCAGCAGCUUUAUUGGACUCAAUGAUCUUCACUGUGUCCGAGGUUGUUACCCUUCAGAGUUCCUCAAGGCUUGGGACACAUUCGAUCAGGAAAAGGGAUCUGAGAACGACAGACCAGAUUUCUUCAAAAAGGAGCAGUUAUUUAUCAUCCUGGAGUUUGAGUUUGGUGGCGUCGACCUCGAGAACAGCAAUGGAACGCUGUCGUCGCUGGGCGUGGCAAAGAGUAUCCUUCAUCAGGUGACCGCUGCCUUGGCUGUGGCUGAGCAGCAGCUACACUUUGAACAUAGGGAUCUCCACUGGGGCAACGUCCUGGUUAAAACAACAAAAGAGAAGACUGGGAGCUACCUCUUGAAUGGAACAGUCCACACUCUGGAAACAAAAGGUGUUCUUGUGCGCAUCAUUGACUACUCUCUCUCCAGACUGGAAAUUGAUGGUCUCACAGUAUCCUGCGACAUCUCCAAUGACGAGGAGCUCUUCAUGGGCAAAGGAGAUUACCAGUUUGAUAUAUAUCGGUUAAUGAGAGAGGAGAACGGUAACGACUGGAACAGCUACCAGCCUCAUUCCAACGUGCUGUGGCUCCACUACCUGUGCUCCAAGCUGCUUGCCAUGAGGUAUCGUGGAACGGGAGGAAGGGGCACCAAGAACACGCAAAAGGAACUGACACAUUUCUACCAAAACAUCCUGAAGUUCAGUUGUGCAACAGAAGCACUCAAAAAAUGCCCCCUUUUUCAAUAGCACAUGUUUUUAUAAGGGAUUAUUGGGCCUGUUUUGAGAUGAUUCAGGCAUGCAAUAAAAGCCUGUCCUGGCAAUCUAGUCUGGUGCUUGUGUCUCCCCAGACAACAGCUACAUAGUGGGGGACUUAUUUGACCUUAGACCUUGGGCAUGUGUAUGUGUGAUAUAU